ACAGAAAGUGAUGAUAUGAUUCGAAUGGUGAAGUCGGUUGAGCAUCUUCAGGACUUCGUUGCUAUGUAGAAUGGAAGGAUGUAGAUUAAUUGCUUCUUUAUACUUUUGACGUAAUAUGCCCCAAUUUCUCGUUGUUGGUCUUAGAGACUCUAAUUGAAGUGAAGUGAAGUGAAGUGAAGUGAAGUGAAGUGACUCGAGAGGGAAGGUGCAUUCAUUAAUGGUCCGUGCGGUUGCUGCUGUAGGAAAGCAACGAUAACAAACGACAACUUCCUUUUUUCCUUUUUCGUGAAGAACUUCAACUUUAAUCAAACACUUUUCUUCUUGUAUUCUUACUAUCAAUUUCAUUAUCUUGAAAUGCUUUCCGGAAAAGAAAGUCGACCAAAAAGUGCCUGGGAGGAGCGAGCUCUGUUAGAGCUCCUCUUCAGAGCUCCAAAAUCAAUAACUGAUGAUGAUUUACUGAGUAUUUCCUUGAGCAACUUGGCCAAGAAUCUGAACGAUAAAUUACCAGCUUCAGUGAUAAUGAAUACAUACCUUCGAUGGCUCGAAGCGCAUCGCAAAAGCCCAUCACAUUUAUUUAAAGCUUGGCCAAAUACUACCAAGCACUGGGUGGAAUCUCUGAAAACCCGUGGUUUCGACAAGAGGGAUGUCUUAUCACACGUGGGAGAUUUGAGGAAAGUCCAUGGUCCAUUCAGCAAUCAGUCGAAAGGAUGGGCCGCGGAAAAGUAUCCUCCUUCCGUUGAGGAAAUUGAAAGAGUUUUUGAUGAAAAGCACAAUGCGAAAAAAGAUAAAUCUUUAGGCAAAGUGGAUUCUGGUGGAGGUGUGUAUCGAUCGGAUAAAUCUUCAAGUAAACCUGGUGGUAGUUUUACUGAUCACGUUCCACCGAACUAUAUCUGCAAUAGAUGUGGGAAGCAUGGUACGAGCUCACGUUCAGUACACCUUCAUGACGAUAUGCUUCAUCUCUACCCCCAAGAUGGCAUGACAAAGCAACCAAUGAUCACUAACACUGAACAGGCCACUUGGUCAAACAAUGUCCAACGAACAUGGUAGAUAUUCAUGAUCAAACCACAAUGCAGAGAGAAGAUUGCUGACAGAGUUGCAGGAUCCUGCCUUUGACAAACAACCACCAGAAACUUACCAAUGCUUAAUAUGCAAUAAAUUUGGAGAGCAUUGGUACUCCUUGUGCCCGAGGAACACAAAAGAAGACUCCAUCACCCAAAAACGUUUGGCUGCCGGAAUAGAUGUUACAACUCGACAUAGAAGCUUCGACGAGAGAAAUUAUCACAAGGCAGACUUGGACGAAACAUCGAGGCUCCACGAUAUCAAUCACAAAGGUCGGGACCGAGAUUCGAGGGAUUGCCGUGGUGGGGAAUGGGAGGCGUCGGAAAGAGCAGGAUCUGCUAAACAGAAACAGGCGAUAGCUUUGGACCACGACGCCAGUGAAGAGUCGGAAUUGCCAACUCGUAACAAUAAGCUCGAACUUCUUGCCGAUAUCGAAGAACGCAUACAGAAGGCUUCAGUUGCCAUGGCACAAGAGACAGGGAUGUCAGUUGAAGGUGUGGCAGAAAUGACCGGCGUGACCAUAUCAAAUAUGGCGGCUACCAUUAUGGCAGCUACUCGUAAACGUGCUCGCUCCAUAGAGUUUGAUGAUGUUGGUUGUGAGGAGUAUCAACGAACAACUAGACAAAAAUUUGAAAAUGAUGACAACGACGAGCUGAUGCAUGGAGCUGAUGAUGAGAGAUUUUUGCACUCGGAUGAUGGAAGACAUGAUGCAGAAUCAGGUGGGAUUUUCAAAGAAACAGACCCUUUUACCGAAGAAUUUGAGUUACGCCAGGUCUUGCCAUCCCAAAGCUUGAUGGACCAAACUGUGUGGUCUUCGAAACUUUCACAAUUCGGUUUGACCAUGUGCCCACGAGAAAUGUCACCUAUGGAUACUUCUAGCGAAGAUAAUAUUCGGACUCCCCUGGAUGAUAUGGAAGAAGGCUAUGAUUCGCCACGUGUUCGUUCAGAGACACCAGAGAAAAUCUACACCGAUUUUGUCAAGAGAUUGAUCGAGAAUCGAUCAGAAGGUCAAAUUGUAAACCGAAGAAGACCCCGCCGCACAGCGUUAGAGUGUUGGAAUGAAGAUGAUCGACGUCGAAUGGGACAAUUGAAUACUUCAACAUCGUAAAUUUACAUGAUCCACCCAUGACUUUAUGAAGUAUUGGUACUAACAAUAAUCAGAUCCCCGCAAAGCUCUCCUACAGUGUCUUCCACGUCAUUAUUGGGCUCAGAUCGCACGGACGAUGCUAUCGAAGUAGACCAUCCAUCUGAACAAGCUCUUAAAGAAGAUCCUUACUUCAGUCUCGGUAAAAAUACGCCAGAUUCGCCAGGUUGUGAUAUUGCCAUGCAAGAGGCAAUGCCCGGAGUCUCAACACAUGUUCAUAAUAAAACAUAUUGAAGGGUGUUGAAUAUGAGUUUUUGUAGCCAUGAGCCGUUGUUCGACAUGGCAGGAACCAGAGAAUGGAUCAUACCGCAGAUGUUGAGAAUAGUACAGACAGAUAAUUGCGAUAUCUGGGCAUUUUAUCACGCAGACUUUGAAAUUGCUGCUAUAUGAAGGUUAAUUGCUAAGAGAUAUGCUAGGAUUGAGUAACGGACGACAAGAUAAGAAGAUUUUAG